UGACAUUGAAUUCGGCAAGUCACUCCCAUGAACACGGUGUGCCGGAUGAUCAUCUGAUUGUUUGCCGUGUUGGUUUAUGCAGGAGUGGCUUAUUUUACAGUGGGAAGGUCUAAAGUUUUGACUGACAGUGGGUUUAAUGAUUAUUAUGAGUUUAUAUCCAAAGGUGAUAUCUGGUGGCAUAUUUUCAAAUAUUUAUUCAGUCAUUUAGUUGCGCUAUUUUCACUUGAAACACCAUGGUCACAGUCAGUGAAACUUGUUUUGGAAAUUUUAAUUAAUUGCUUUAUUGGUGGGUGUUUAAGAUGGCAGUGUUUCAUACUGGAGCAAACAGGAAAAGCCCUAGACUACUGUUAUUCUCGGACAAAAGCUCUACUUCCUCCUCUGGUUUAUGUUCCACGUGCACGCACACGUAACCAGUGCCUCAAAGCAUUGGUUGCCAUGGCAACUUCUGGAUACUCGGAGGACCUUCAGCCUCAGCAGGCCAACGCAGUAACCAUAGCAACACCUGCUGCCACCACACCCUCAUCCACCAAGACGGCACACUUCCUGUCCGAGAUCCCACCGACCUCUGGAAACAUUGCAUCGGCGAACCAAUCGGCCGCUGCCUCAAAAACAGGACAGGAUGCACUUUGUUCUCAAGCGCCGCCCACCACCCAGAGCCAGAAGGCAGUGGUUCUGACAACUCCCACGCAGCACUAUGUAACCCCAGAAAUCCAGCAUUCUGCAGUCCAGAAAAGUAAUGGUCAGAGCAACUCGCCCCAGUACAUCAUAGUCACUGUGACAGAGGGCUCUGUUCACUCCAAUGACAGUCUGUCAGACUCCAGCCCACCUGCCCCAGGUGUUCCUACUCAGGUGGUCCAACCAGUGCAGACCACCCAACAGAGGUCAGUGUUGCAAGCAGUCUCGCAGGCAGCCAAGAGGAUUCAGGCUGGCCACAUCAACAACCUACAGUAUGUGCACAUUAACCAGGAGGUGGAGCAUGUUUACUCUGGCCAGGUGCAGUAUGUGGACGGAGGAGGAGACACGACUUUUACCACAUCCACCAUUCGAUCGAACAACUACCCUUUCUCCGACUCGCCCCUCUACUCCCAGACUCCUCCCACCUCCUCCUCCUCCUACUAUGAGGCCACGCCCAGCACCGAGUCAGAUAUCACCAGCUCUGUGACCUCGCAGCCUGUUACUGUGGCAACAGCAGGAGCCAAUAGUGGAGGAGCUGCUGCGGGUGGAGGGGGCUACGUCAUUCAAGGAGGUUAUGUGUUAGGAGGAGGAGGAGCAGCAGUAGCAAGUGGAGGUGGAGGAGGAGGAGGAGGAGGAGGAGCACAGAGUUACUCCAGCCCUAACUCUCGUGCCCCACCUGCUACUGUGCAGUGGCUGUGUGACAACUACGAGGGGGCGGAGGGGGUGAGCUUACCACGCUGCACCCUCUAUUACCACUACCUGCUGCACUGCCAGGAGCAGAAACUAGAACCUGUAAAUGCUGCAUCCUUCGGUAAACUCAUCAGGUCUGUCUUCAUGGGGCUACGCACACGGCGAUUAGGGACAAGAGGGAACUCUAAGUACCACUACUAUGGUCUGAGGAUCAAAUCUGGCUCCCCGCUGCUCAGACUGAUGGAUGAACAACAGCACAUGGCGAUGAGGCAGCAGCCUUUCUCACAGAAAAACAGGAUAAAGCCACUACAGAAGGCACAGGGGAUCACUAAUGGGACAUCAGGUGGGAUGGGUCAGCAGCAGGCAGCAGCACUCUGUGAUAUUUCGGCACAGGUGCAACAGUAUCAGCAGUUUCUGGAGGCAUCACGGCCACUGCCAGACUUUGUUGACAUUGAUGUGCAAGAUCGAACCCUGCCUGAUGGGAUCCUUUUAGAACACCUCAAGGCCUUCCAGACUCUCUACAGAGAACACUGUGAGGCCAUUCUGGACGUGAUGGUCAACCUUCAGUUCACCCUCGUGGAGACGCUGUGGAAAUCCUUCUGGAGGUUUAGCCAGAGCAGUGACACAGAAUCGCUCAACCUGCACAAUGAGUCUGAGAAGCGUCUGCCCAAAUCGUGCCUGGUGGUGCUGUGUAAGUAUGAGCCAGUGCUGCGCUGGACGAAAGAGUGCGACAACCUGCUCUACCAGACUCUGGUGGAGAUCCUCAUCCCUGAUGUACUGAGACCCAUCCCCAGUGCCUUAACUCAGGCCAUCCGCAACUUUGCCAAGAGUCUUGAGAACUGGUUGACAGGCGCCAUGAUGAACAUCCCAGAGGAGAUGGUUCGCAUAAAGGUGGUGUGUGUGGGCUCCUUCUCCCAGACGCUUCGCCGCUAUACCAGCCUGAACCACCUGGCCCAAGCAGCCCGUGCUGUCCUGCAGAACUCAGCACAGAUCAACCAGAUGCUCUCAGACCUCAACAGGGUUGAUUUCACUAACGUACAGGAGCAGGCAUCCUGGGUAUGUCAGUGUGAAGACCGUGUGGUGCAGCGACUGGAGCAAGAUUUUAAAAUGACUCUGCAGCAGCAAAACUCUCUGGAGCAGUGGGCCACCUGGCUGGACAGUGUUGUCUCUCAGGCCCUAAAGCCCUACGAGCACAACCCUGUCGCUCUACCAAAGGCCGCCAAGGUCUUUCUGCUCAACUGGUCCUUCUAUAGCUCUAUGGUGAUCAGGGACCUGACUCUGCGCAGUGCUGCCAGCUUUGGCUCCUUUCACCUGAUCCGCCUGCUCUAUGAUGAGUACAUGUACUACCUGAUAGAACACAGGGUGGCCCAGGCUAAAGGAGUGACACCCAUUGCGGUCAUGGGAGAAUUUGCCAGUACCAUCAAAAGCCGAAUCUCUCCAGACAUGGAGAAAGAAGAAGAAGAAGACGACGAUGAAGACGAGAGUGAGGACGAGGGCGGAGAUCUUGUGCUGCAGUCCAGCUCUCUGAGCGCGGUCGACGACGACAAGGACUCGAUAGAGCCGCCCGCCAAGCUGCCCAGGACGAGUUUCAACCUGCACGCUCUGUCCGACAGCACACCACCUUAGCCGCUCGCUCUUUUAACUAUCACACACACAUUUCACACACACCUCCGCUUUAACAUCCAGUCAUCCCAUCCUGUCACACUGUGUACGCUUCAGGUUUGCAAAACAGGUGAUGUUCGGUGUUGAGUGUGUGGUCGUCUGGUGUGUGUGCACAAGCAUGUGAGAAAGCCUGAGCGCCCUUUGCCAAUUUUGUACUUUUGUGCUGCCAUUCUUCUUCUCUUUGCCUUCACCUGCUAUUUUACAGUCCUUUCCUCGUUCCCUGUGCCUUCCCUGUUUAUCCAGUGGCUAGAUGCCAGUAGCCACUCCUGUCCAGCCUCAACUGUAUUGUAUACAGUAUAUAUAUCUAUACACAUAUAUAUUCUUGAUUCCCUCCUGCCCCGCCUUAACCACUGACCUGAUUGCUGUGGAGAGAUGAGGAGACUCCAGUGUUCUUUAUUGUAUUCUAAACUCGAAAAUAUCACUUACCUUGCCUUUAAAGCAAUGACUAUGCAGGGGAGCUGGACUUAAACAAACAGCACUGUCUGAAAUACACAUUUUUUAAUCACAGAGUAGCAUCUGGAAUGAUACUGCACCAUGGAUUUUUGUCGGCACAUGGAUGUUGAUUGACAGCUAUUUGUAGAUGCCAUAUUUUACUUGUAAUUUCUCAUUAAUUUGGUCAAUUAACUGAUAACCCUGUGCCUUUGAGAGAUUUCUAGCCUGGAAAAAAAGAAGCUUGUAUUCUAUAUAUUCUGUAUCGGUGGAUUAAUAAAUGAAGUUCCUGUGAAGUAGUCUCGGUGUCGUCAUGAACUUUUACUAGCUGUGAAAACUAAAAAAGAUGAAAUGGUGACAGUCAGUUGUGAGGAGUCGGCCCAGUUUGCAUCCAUCCAUCCCUUUUAUCUAUUCAUCAUCCAUUUGUUCUCUCAAGGUCAUCAUAAUCUCUUUUACACAUACUGGAAAGACACGCCGUGGUCUUGCAGUGCAGUGCAAGUUACUGGGCUACAGGACAAGGUCAAAGCUUACCCCACCCAAUCACUUACUACACAGUAUCCAUGGCAACCUUUGUACCAUUUAGAUGUACCGGCUACAGCUAUCUCAAAGUUUUUGUAGUGUAAAAGUAGAUGUGUAUUUUCUGGGGUAUCACUGUUGAACAUUUUGUAGAUAUUCUGUACCUUUUGUGAACACUGUCAUAUAGCUAAACUAUUUGUAUGUUGUUUGACCAUUAUUGCCUUAAACAUGUCGUGCCAUGUCCACUCUCCAGAUUAUUGAACUCUAUUUUUAUUGUGAUGAUGGACCAAGCAUGUGAAUAUGGUGACUUUCUAGAUUGGACCCUUUCCAAAGAGCGCCUGCUCAACCAGCAGCUUCUCACUCGGCAUGAGCAGAUGUUGAUUUAAUGAAGUGUUGGAUGGUCUGACUACCAAGAUCCCACCAAAGAGCACUAAACAGAAAACAAGGGUAUAUUUACUAUAACUCACAUGGUGAGGGCAGACUAUAAAAUGAAAUCAACUGCGAACUGCGAUGUCACUGUUAUAAACAUGGUGGCCUGGAUUCUGUCCUUAGCUUGUGCUGCUGAACCUUUUCUAAAUGAGGUCCUCUUGAUGUUACUCUGAAGACCUUUGUACUUAAACCUGUGAUCAUUGUUUGUAGCUUUAUUCUGUUAACUAAAAGGAUGUGAUUGCUCUCAAA